CUCCCCACUCCGCUCUAGCGCUCCCCACGUCAGUCUGCCAGGAGCAUCCGAGCUGGGUGGAGAAGCAGCACGUUACACUUGUGACUAUCUUAGCGUUCUACCUCCACUACACGAAAGCACAAUGGAAGGCUUCAAGCACAUCCCUGUCAAGCUCGGGGACUUCAGUGUUAUCGACCAGGAAUUCAACUCCAUCCGUGAGAGGUUUGAUUCAGAAAUGAAGAAGAUGGAAGAUGAAAUGUCUCGCUUCCGAAAUGAACUGAUGAACCGAGAGUCUACUCUCUUCCAGCGCUCCAUGCUUACUUCCAGGGCGGAGGUGUUUAGCAACAGCACUCACCGUCGCGAGACUCGGGUGACAGGAAAAGACGGUAACACAGUGGUUUCAAGUGAGACUGAGUCUGUCUCCUCCAGCCAACAGGACCAGGCUUCAUCUAACCAAGGUUCAGGAUCAUGGCUGGAGGGUAUGAACUCUCCUCUUAUCCAGCAAGAUGGUGAUUGCAAGCAGCUUAAACUGCGAUUUGAUGUGAGCCAGUACAAGCCCGAAGAAAUUGUUGUCAAAACUGUUGACAACAAACUUUUGGUUCAUGCCAAACACGAGGAGAAAAGUGACAGCAGAUCUGUUUACCGUGAAUACAAUAGAGAAUUUUUGCUUCCCAAAGGCACCAAUCCUGAACUCAUCAAGUCCUCCCUCUCUAAAGAUGGAGUGUUGACUGUGGAAUCUCCUCUGCCAGCCAUUGCUGGAAAUGAUGAGAAAGUCAUUCCCAUUGCUCAGAACUAAGUUAUUUAUUUUUUAAGUAUUGCAUUACCAAAAUCUUCACCAUCAUAAAUUCACAGAUUUUUUUUUUACUGCCAGCAUUAUAUAUCAUAGCCUUGGUUUUUAACUUGAGAUCUAAAAUGUUUUCAAGAUGCCUUAAGUAUAUUGGAACAAUGCUUAUCAUAUUUUUUAUACUCUCAAUGCUAUAGUUGUACUGGCAACUUUAUAGACAAUAAUGUAGCCACAUUUAUAAUAGUUGGUGAUGUUAGGUAACAUUUUAUGCUCGUUUGCUUUACUGUCUUGCCAAUGCAUAUUGUAUUUUACAUUGGACAGUAAGUGUAAGUUUUAAGAGAAUACAGAAUUUGUCAUUAAAGUUAUCAGAAAAUAUAGUAUUGGACAAGCACAAAAUGUCACUAAAAAAUUCUUAUUCUUUUGACUAGGAUCCUGAAAAGUUUCCUCUACAAACAUUUUUCAAAUUAAAUAUAUCAGAUAAACAUGUUUCCUAGCACUGUUGUAGUCUAACUCUAUUGUGUCUGGUGCAACACCUUGCACACAGCUCAUAUGAGAAAUAAAUUUAUCAACAUCUACAAGUUUGUUACAGGAAUACAUCAUAAAUCAACCCAAA